GCACCGGAGUUGUGUUUUAAAUUUCGCGCCGCGCAACUGUGUUUUGUUUGGUUCCUCGGCAAAAUUUAAUUUUAAACUCGAAUUUGCACAAUUUGCUUGCUAAAUUAGUAAAAAGUGUCGCCUCAAAAUGGACCGCAAGGAAAUCGCCCUGAAGAUCGAGCGGCUGGUCCGCAAACAAAAGUACAAACAGCUGCUGGAGCAGGGCGCCGAGCUGAGCCUCCGGGCGGAAACGGCCGAUCCGGUGGAAACGUUCGAGGCCGUCACGAAGAUCAUGGAACAGUCGAACGCACUGCAGAACCAGGGUCGCUGCAAGGACCGGGCGGAGAAUGCGACCGAGGUGCUGAUGGACGCCCAGGUCCUGAAGAUGAGCCAUGACGUCGUUCACGCCGCUAUGCAACGGAUGGGAAAUUCGGAGUUUGCGGACGAUGAGCUGGUCGGGGUCAUUCUUACCACGUUCGAUAGCGACGAGGGCGUCCAGGACUGGGACAAGAUAACGCGGGAGGCCGCCUCCGUCUUUCGCAUGACCAAGCACAGCCAGUCGCUGUACGGGGCGUUCGACGCGGAGGCCACACCGGUGCAGAAGGUGGCCCGCCAGCGUGCCCAGCGCCAACGGGUGGACUACGGCCAGGCCAAGAAGCCCGAGACGGUGGACAAGCUGCAGAAGAAGGAAAAGACGGCGCAAAAGUUGAACGUGAUUUUCGCGCAAAUCAACGAACUGUUCGAGAAGCGACGGGGCGCGCCGAUUCCGUACUUUGAGCUGAUUUGCGACCCGGAGGACUUUAUGAACACGGUGGACAACGCGUUCCAGAUUUCGUUCUUGAUCCGGGACGGACGGGUUGCGCUGGUGGUGGACGAGAACCACGAUCCGUUGAUUCGACCGACGACCCAGAGGGAGGCGGACCAGGGCAAGCAGAAAAGCGACACGACGCAGGCCAUUCUGGGACUGAAUCCGAGAAAGUGGCGCGAAAUCGUAGAACGGUACCAGGUGGACGAACCAAUGCUGGUUUUGGACCGCGCCGAACACAGUACUCUCAGCCAGUCGCAGCGCAAUUAGCCAUUUCAU